CCAUUGCACUUUGAACCUUGACCUCCUGUGUUGUUGCCUUCACUCACUGUCUUCUUAGAUUCUCUUGCCUCUAUUCUCCCUUCACUCAUCAACUUUGCGUGUGUUUGCCCUACUUGAUCGUGCGGUGAACGCUCGACAGGCCUUGCAUCUGGUGGUACUGAGCUCAACUUGUGUAGCCAAGAGUUCCUGGAAACAAGAGGAUGGCUCUUGUUAAAAGUUUAGUCAGUCUUGUCAAUGUCCUGGAGACCUACAGAGGACGGGAUCGCUUUAUACGAUGGAUCACCUACGCAGGAAUGUAUAUGGGUGGAGAUGGCAAGACUCCUGCUCAAGUCAAGUGGAGGACUCUCUCUGCGGAGAUGGGAGCAUGCCGUGUCAUUCUCAGACUAUUUGAUGACUUGCCUAUGUUCUUGUUUAAUCUAUCGAAAGGUUUUGGGUUCAAGGAAAAAGGCAUAAUGCAGAUUCUGGAGGUGUUAAGCUCUUUGCUGAACCAGGCGUUCUACCCAUCAGAGCAUAUUGCCUGGUUGAGACAGAAGAAAAUUCUGGAUGGGCUUCCAACCCCAAUGCUGUUGGUUGGUCUCUUCAUCUGGGCAGUUUCAUUGCUGGUGGAGAUCAUCAAAGGACUGCUGAAACUCCGAGGUCUGGCAAUGUUAGCCUUGAAACUAAAAAAGCAGAGACAACUUGACAAAGAUGGUUCUGGGCAAGGUUCCAGCCAAAAUGCGGAGAUAAAGGACAACUUGAAGAAGCUGGCCAGCGAGCGCAGAGACGUCCUGCUGCUGUUGGCACACUCGUGUUGUGACCUGGUCAACGCUGUGUCCUGGAUGCCGCCUGGUAUUCUGUGGUCACAAAAGUUGUCGCCUGCGACCAACGGAGUGUUUGGAUUGAUUGCCACAACUAUCAUGUUGUACAGAAACUGGCCAACGACAGCGCCAACUGUCUGAAUUGUUUAGAUAAGUGCUUUGAAGAUAUGUUAUGCUGAAAUAUGUUGAGACUGCUACGUGCAAAAUUUGAACGGAAUCGUGAGGUACAAAGUGCUUUCACAAAUGCUCAAGAUGUGGUUUAAAUUUGUUAGUUUCUGUUAGACUUCACUCGUCUUACUGUAUAAGGUUUUAUUUUGAACCCUCUCCCCACCUUCCUGCCAGUGUUUUGGGAAAGUGAGAGAUAGACCCAUUGCACUCUAGCAGGAUGCACGACCCUGCCAACAAUAAGAGAACACGUAUGGUUAUUGGUGCUCGCACAUACAGGUCGUCGCCUCAGAACUAUUUUGCCCAAAACUUAAGUACACUUUGGACAAAAUACUUCUGAGGCGACGAGGUGUGAUAUAAUUAUUUUGUGAAAAAUCUCAAGUCUACAUCUUUUUUUUUCUUCUUCUUUCACCUCUCCAGGAUGCAAGAGACCAAGAAUGUUUCUUUUGAAAUGACCAAUUUUAUGUUUUGUUAGUUUUUGCACUCAAGGUACGAGUAUAACAACAUUCAACUUUUAUUGUUUAUGGCUUUGUUGGAUGUAGUACUGUGAUCCGUUUUUAUUUCGAGAGAUGUGUAACCGUAAAAUUACACUUUUGUUUUGUGUGGGCUUUUCUCUUCAUCAUUGUGAGCUGUACAAUGCAGUCUCAUCAGAAUAGUUUUCUCUAAAUCUUUUAAAAUCUUGACUCUUAAUCAAAAGGUUCACAUAUCUGUCUUCUGUGUGACGAUAUUUAUUCAGUUGAAAUUUUGAGUUUACAGUUUGUGGAUCAGUGUAGCAGCUGCUCUACUUUCCGUCUCGGUAACCAUGGAAACGACAAGUGACGCGAGGUAAAAUCUUGUUCUGGUGUGACUGAGUUGUCUCUUAGGAUCUGAGAAGUUCUCUGUUCUAAGGAAAAUGAAGUUCUGAGAACUUGCUGACACUUCCACCUCUCCUCUUUUCCCCAAGGAAGGGCUUCUCACAUCUGUCCUUUGUUUCUCUUUAUCGUUUACUUAAUUGAGAUACUUACAACUUUUUCAACAUCCAAUGCUGGAAAUGUGACUGCAAGAUUUGUUUUUGGAUGCUGAAUAUUUUCACUUUCCUUUUUAUUUUUAUUUACCUGUUUUCAUAACAGGUAGAGAAGAUUCGGGUAACUUUGUCACUUUAAAGCUGGUCUCUUCGUAAACACACUUUACUCUUGUUAAACAGUAUAAUAAUAAUGGGUGUCUCGCGAAAAUGGUCUUUUGUCCUCCUUUUAAAAAAUUCUUAGUUGAGACCCAUGAUUAGGUGGAUGUUCAUAGGCCUACCUCCGAGGAAUUGAAGAGCCUCUACACUGUGGAAGGAAACUUCAGCCUCAACAUCGUAGGGCUCUUGGGGAAAUCCCUCUAAUGGUGUCAGAGGGCAUGUACACAGAUUGGGGGAUCUGUCUCCUGUCCAAGGGCACGAUUCCGGUGGCCUGGAAUGCUGUCUUUAUCAGGGGUGGUCUCAAGGUGGAGUCCCAGAUCUGCUUCAAAAUUCUUGGCCAUGUCGCCUCGUUGAUGGUCAGAUUAGGAAAAGUUGAAAGAAACUCUGUACAAUGCUUUCUGUAUCAGUCUUGAAUGGUUUCAAUUAUACGACUUUGUCAAGAGGCUGGAGGAUGUGGGUGGUGUGAGGAGGCAGGGCCAGAAUAUGUAUGUUCUCCUCUUGGGCAAUUUCCAAUAGCUCUAACACUUAGUGACUGUGGUGAGAGUCGAGUAUGAGCAGCUGGGGUCUUGAGUCCCUGUAGUGUUGAAGAAAAACACAUGAAAACCACUGCACUCCGAUUUCAUCGUCUAUCCACCAAGGAUCACAGUUUUCCGUUGGUGGAUCCACGAUUUUCCGCGGUUGAGAGAAUUUUCCAAAAUCGAGCUGGCAGUCAUCCACCCUCGCCUUAAUUCGGGCCGCAGUAGGCCUUGAGUAACCUGAGAUCGGCUCUAAGGCGCUUUCCUUGGAGGGGCUGCAUCUGGCUAGUACAUUCUGUGACCCUUUUUCGGACACUACCCUAAUAAAAGCAUUUGGUGAGAACUGCAGCCCAGUCUCAUUGCAGUUCCACACCUGAGCAGGCUUGUCUUUGAGUUGCUGCUUCUGAAAUAAUGAUUCUAAAUCAUCAAAGAACCCUGAACAAGUGAUUAUCUUCCGACUAAGAACACAACACACAAGACUGAGACAACAUAUGUACAGAUGUUUUAAACUAGUACAAUCACCAAAAUGCUAGUGUGGAGAGGCAGACCAAACUGUUGAACACAUCCUUCAGCACUGCAA